AUGUCUGAUUUAGCUAAAGAUUUAUUAAUACAAUAUUAUGGGUUUGGUGCAGCAUCGAGUGGCAAAAAGUUUCUCUCGAUACAUCGUAAUAUCGAAAGAGUAAAAAACGAAGAUGAAAAACAGAUUACUGAGCAUUCUUUAACCAGCAAUGAUGAGAAUGUGGCCAAUGAAGAGUUUCAGAAAGAUAUUGAGGAGGAUCGAAAAGUUAGUAUUGGAAAUGACUUGUAUCCACAAUCCUCACAAGUUUUAAAUAACUUGGAAGAUAUAUAUGACAAUAAUGAAAAUUUCGAUAUAAGAGAUAUCGACUUUGAAAUAAAUGAUGACAUAAAAGAUGCAAAAAAAAAUGAAUUAAAUUUGGAACUUAUCGAGGAUACAUUUUCUGACGAUGUUUCAGAAUAUUCUUCCUUGUCACAUAAAGAAUCAAAAACAUUUUUGAAGAGUAAUACAAGUGUACCGUCAAACGAAUCUAUUUCAUCGCCAUUAGUACCAAAAAAGGAACCUAUUUACAAUGAUAUGUUUGCAGAUUUUUCAAAUACAGAUUUAAAACAAUUUCCUAUUGUGAUAUUAAACAACUUUUCACAAUUAAGGAUGUUAUAUUUGUCGAAUAACAAUUUGAUCGAAGUUCCUGAUGAAAUUUUUACUUAUUUAAAUUAUCUACAGUGGUUAGAUAUCAGAAAUAAUCAAAUUACUUUUUUGCCAGUUAGCAUUAAAUGGCAUAGCUGCUUAGAAACAAUUUUACUUCAAGGAAAUAAAAUGAAGGAAUUACCAUUGGAACUUUGUACUCUAACAAAUCUAAAAAAUCUUCAAGUAGCAGAUAAUCCACUUAUCAUGCCACCGCAAGAUAUUGUAGGUUCCGGUUGCGCUACCAUUUUAGAAUUCUUACGGAUUGAAUGGAAUAAACUACAUCCUGAUGAAUGGAUAGAACCCAAGAAAACUAAAAUUGAACCAAAAUUAUCAACAAUUCUAUGUUAUCAAUCUCCACGAAAAAAUAAAAAGAAAAUAACAUCAUUAAAGGACACCAUGUGUAAUAGAAAUAUAGCUAUAAGCGAAAAACGUAAAUUAUAUAAGCCAAGUAGCAGAUGUGAAAAUAAAGGUGCAAACAUUAUAAUGGAACAUCGAUUAUUAUGGUUUUCUAAGUUAAGAGAUUUAAUUGCUAAACAAACAGCAACAAUUCAAAAAAUAAAAGAUGAAAAUUUUUUAAAAGAAUGGAGGCGGGAUAAAAGAAGUUAUACCAAAGCUAUGCAAAAGGCAAUGAAGAGAAAUGAAGAUGACAUUCCAUUUGAUAUUGAUGUUGAAGAUUAUGCUUCUAUAUUCAAACAAAAUUCUAAAUUGAAAAAGUUGAAAUCAAAGAAAAAAGAUAAACAAAGAUUUUCAUCACCUAUGUAA